AUGCCUCCCAAAGAGAAGAAGUCCACCCCGGACUCUGCACCCCCUCAUGAGGUCACCGGCCAGAGCGCUCUUCCCAUUUCUCGGAUAAAAAAAAUCAUCCAGCUAGACGAGGACAUAGUACAAUGCUCAAGCAACGCUACGUUCGUGAUUGCGAUGGCUACAGAAAUGUUCAUCCAAUAUCUCACAGAGCAGGGGCACAACGUCGUCAAGUCCGAACGAAAACCACGAAAGCUCAUUCAAUACAAAGAUCUAGCUACGGCGGUUUCGCGAAUCGAUAACUUGGAAUUCCUCUCCGACGUUAUUCCCAAGACUACCACCUAUAAACAAUUCAAGGAGAGGAAGGCGAAAGAAGCCAGCAGAGAAGGCGAAAUCGAGAAAGGACAGCGCACCCUGAAUGGAACGGUACCACACGCCAACGGAGAGUCGGAACAUCAGGAGGAUCUACAAGCUGUGGAAGAAAAGCCAUCGAAGAGCCCUCGGACGCCGGUGGUUAUGCAUGCGACUGGCGCAGUGAGCACGCUAGUAGUCGAUCGAACUAUUGAUAGCCAGUAUAAGGGAGAGGAUGGGGAUGUGGAAAUGGCUGACUAA